AUGUCUUCCGGUUCCUCCUCCAAUUCUGAGGCCGCUAUCCUUCCUGAACACCGUAGGGAGGAAACUUCGACUGAUGUCUCCAGCUCGGGAUCUACCAAACAUUCUUCGAACGCUUCUUUGGUUCGGAAGAAUUCCCGGGUCGUCGAGGUCAGCUGUAGCAGCCGUGUUCCGAUUCGGGCUCCGGAGCGGAUGGAUCGGACUCCCCGAGAGCCCGAGGGCCAAGUUCCCAUUGACUUGGUUCCGGAACGGGAGCCUGACGUGAAGGCAGAUGAGGACGUUCUACUGCAUGAGGUCGGGGAUGGAGAAGCGCAAGACCCGAACGACGAUGACAUGAUGCCGAUCAUAGAUCGGCCAUGCAUAUGUGCUCCGGUGAAGUCCACCUUAUCAUCCCCAGAGACGGUUCGAGCUGCUAUGUUGAUCGGCGGGGCCCCUCCUGGGAUCAUAAUUCAGGUUCCCGAACCGGAAGAGCGCCCUUGGGAUGCUCCUGAGGACUUCAUUUGUGUCUACGAGGCUCAUUUCCGCGAGGCCGGAUUGACCUUUCCUCUACCGCGCUUGUUGUUCGCUUACUGCAAUCGUCGCGGUUGUGCGAUAUCACAACUCCAGCCGGCGUCGAUAGUUAACUUUGUCGGGAUUCUCCAGCUCGGGCGUGACAUCCGUGCUCACAUCAACGUUGCCCAGUUCGAGGAGCUUUUCAUCAUGAAAGUCUCAUCAGCCAAGAGUUGGUUUUUGUCGGUGAAUUGCAACCCGAAGUUUGACUUGGUCACUGGGAACAAAGCCAGCAAGUUUACGGACUGGGACAAGAGUUACUUUUUUGUUUGCGUUGACUCGUGUUCUGCCGAGAAUCCGGAGAUCACGUUCCGGACUGGCUGGAGUGUCGACUUUGAUCGCCACGUUCCUGGAUUCAUACAGCGUUCUCUUACAAACGACCUAGCGCAGCAACUGAGUCUUGCCGGUCAGCGUCGUUGGCCCCGAGCUUACCAGGAGAAAAUUGAUCGACGGAUAAAGAGAGCUCAGGACAGAGUACCAAAGAAAAAGAACCCGAGGAAAAGCAGCAAGACGAGUCGGAGGAAGAUGGCAUUUGACAAAUCAGACAUUCCAAUGAUGAACUUCGGGGCUGACGAGGAGGAAGACAAUGCCCUGAUCGACAUCGUUGGCCUCGACGGAAACAAGGUCGGCGAUGGUAAUGAAAUCGAUGACGGGAACGAGGUCGACAAUGUCCCAGUCGGCCCAGCUGAUCCCCUGAUACCGGUUAUGAAUCCGGAGGGCGACGUGGUGGGAACUGGCGUUCCUGAGGCGACUCCUCAGCCUCAAAUGGAGGAAGGAGAGAUUGGUGAGCAGGAUGAGGACGAGCUCACCAUUGCUGACCGUGCCCGGAGGAAGAAAGGGAAGUCCUCGAAGAAAUCCUCUAGGAAGAGGGGUGGUGACCCCGAGAUGGUCGUGAGCGAGGGGACGCUGGUCCUUCAUGGAGGGGACAUUGGUGGGUCGCCCACCGCUUUUCAGGUUCCUCCCGCGGAUCCGGCAGCUGAGACCAGGAACCCGAGGUCGUCUAAGAGGCGCCAGACUUCUGACUCGUCAUCCUUCUCGGUCCGCCUUAACUACAACAAAGAGCGGUCCUUCUUCGACGAUGCUUCUACCUGCGCCGAGCUCUUUAGGCAUAUCGUCCCGGCCUCGUCUCCAAUGCCUGAGACUAAAGAUCUCUUCCGCCUCAAAUCCUAUGCUCGGGUCGCGAAAUCUGCCUCUGCUCUCGUCUGCGAUACCAACGAGCUCGUCCGCGAGUAUGAUUCUGAGGUCGAGAGGCUGAGGAAGGUCAACGCCGAGGUUGCUGCCAAGAGGGCGUCUUUGGAAGUGUCGUACCGAGAUGAGAAGGAAAGGUACGAAGCUUCUGUGCUGCCCUUCACCGAGAAGGAAAGAGAGAACAUUGCCUUGAAGGAGAAGGUCGGAGCUCUGGAGAAGCGGACUGCCGAGCUGGAGGGGGAUAUGGACGCUCUGUCCAAGUCGUUCAAAACGAGCGAACUCGAGAGGCGGAAGUACCGAGACGCCGAGUCAUAG